AUGGACAAGGAAAUCAAAAAGGCUCUUUGUGAUCGUAUUUAUGAUAAACGCAAGCUAGCUGCGCUUGAUUUGGAGCAGUUAGUACGUGAUUGUUUAGCGGCUGGAGACCGGGAUCGAAUCCAAGCUAUCAUCACUGAGCUUGUGCGGGACUUUGCCUAUGCAGUCCACCACCCUAAUUAUCGCAAUGGUGGACUGAUUGGUCUUGCAGCUGUAUCAAUCGCUUUGGGAAGCUCAGAACUGGCUGUCUAUUUAGACGAUAUCAUCCAGCCCAUUCUAUCGUGUUUUGGGGAUGCCGACGCCCGUGUACGCUAUUUUGCUUGCGAAAGUUUAUACAAUGUUGCCAAGGUUGCCAAAGGAGAGAUUCUGCAGUACUUUAACGAGGUUUUUGAUGUGCUCUGCCGUCUGGUUGCCGACAGUGAGGAGUCGGUUCGAAAUGGCGCUGAUUUGGUGGAUCGCCUGAUUAAAGACAUCGUUGCAGAAAAAGCUGCAACAUACAAGUUUUCCGUCAAUCGCAGUGCUGCAGUGCCACCUGCUGUUUCGUCCAGUAUAGAUGGGCUGAGCCCAGCGAUUCAGGUAGCGCCCAACCAGAACACCGACUCGUUUUCGUUGGCAAACUUUAUUCCCGUGUUGAUUGAAAGAAUUUAUGUCAUAAAUCCUUCGACAAGAAUGUUUCUUGUGCAAUGGAUUGUUCUUCUUGACUCAAUUCCAGAUUUGGAGCUUAUUAUCUACUUGCCUGAAUUCUUGCGUGGGUUGCUCACUUUUUUGAACGACUCGAACAAAGAUGUACGGGUCGCCACCAAAAAUCUACUUGAAACUCUAUUGCGGGACAUUCGCAGUAUCGCCAAGCUGCACAUGUCGUUGAAAUCUUCGGAAGACGCGGUUACUCCUUUGGCUACCCCCGAAAAGCCAACCAGUACUGCUUCCAGCCUUUAUCAAGUUGGCCAAGACACAGCGAUUGACUAUGAUCGAAUUGUGAAUAUUUUGCUGGAUAAUCUCCACGGAGGCAACUCCGAAAUACAGACCACGAUUCUCGAGUGGCUCCGAGCCUUUUAUGAGGUUGCUCCAACCGAGUUGGCCAAGAACUUCGGCCGGUUAGUUUCCGUGUUGUUGCCCACGUUAUGUGAAUCAAGCACUACAAUAUGCGAUCAGGCUCAAAAUCUCAACUCUGAGCUGUUGGAAGCGGUAAAGGCCAACAACAUGACGAUUGAGUAUUCUUCGGCGGUGAACGCAUUGACGUUACAGUUUUUGCACGAGUCUGAAGUGACGAGAGUUGCUGCAGUCAAUUGGUUGGUGACGCUACAAAAGGUUGGUAAAAUUGAGCUUUCAGACUCGGUACUCUCUACCUUGCUGCGACUGCUUUCCGAUACCAGCGAUGUAGUUGUUACCAAAGAUCUUGAGCUGCUGGCCCAGAUCCUUCACAAUAGUACCGAGGAAACUUUCAGAGGAUUCAUCCGUAAGUUGCUGGUAUAUCUGGAUAGUCACCGGCAACUUGAAGCGGCACGGGGCAAACUCAUUACGUCGCGCCUAUGCCAGGUUUUGGCUCCAGAAAGACUGUAUCGGUAUAUGGCCGAAAUCUUGUUGGAAUACAACGAUGUUCAUUUUGUGUGCAGCAUUGUGCAAAACAUCAAUAAUAAUCUCAUGAUUGCCCCCGAACUCUCUGGUCUCCGCGAGACCCUCCGCCGCUUAGACACGCCAGAGGGAGCAUCGCUGUUCGUGAUCCUGUUCCGGACAUGGAGCCGCAACUCGGUGGCAGCUAUUUCUCUCUGUCUCUUGGCGCAGGCAUACGAGUACGCAUUCGAAAUUCUUCAAGUCGUGGCCAAGAGCGACAUUUCAGUGGCUACAUUGGUGCAAAUUGAUCGCCUUGUGCAGCUCAUCGAGAGCCCUGUGUUUGCUCGCCUAAGAAUACAGCUCCUCGAUCCAGCAGCUUUCCCUUAUCUCUACAAAUGUCUCUAUGGUCUGUUAAUGAUUCUACCGCAAUCGUCGGCCUUCAAAUCGCUGCAAACGCGCCUGUCAAGUGUCGCACCCAUUGGAGGCCUGCCCUUACCCGAGACGCGUGACAAAAUUCCGACCCCGGCCCCAGUGGUCACGAGCGAGUGGAGCGAGCUGUUAAGACUCUACAAUGAGAUGCAUUUAAAUUCGCUUGACCAGGCCAGGCUGCUUUCGCUGCUCCUCUUCGAAUUCGUAGCCUUCAAUAGCUCGUUGCGUAGCUUGGACCGCGCUCUUUCGUCGCUUGCCGUAUUGGUUAGUUAG